CGCUCGCCCUCCACGUCCCCUCCCCUCUCCCCGACCCCGCACCAUGAGCAACCUGAAGCCGGACGGCGAGCACUGCACGAGCACGGGCACCGGCACCGGCACGGCCUCCGGCGGCACCCUGGAGGAGGAGGUCCGAACGUUAUUUGUCAGUGGCCUCCCGGUGGACAUUAAACCCAGAGAACUCUACCUACUCUUCCGGCCAUUCAAGGGGUACGAAGGGUCCCUGAUCAAGCUCACAUCAAGACAGCCUGUUGGCUUUGUGAUCUUUGACAACCGGGCAGGAGCAGAAGCGGCCAAGAAUGCAUUGAACGGUAUUCGUUUUGACCCAGAGAACCCGCAGACCCUGAGGCUAGAGUUUGCCAAGGCCAACACCAAGAUGGCCAAGAGCAAGCUCAUGGCGACACCCAAUCCCUCCAGUGCUCACCCCUCGCUGGGAGCACACUUCAUUGCACGGGAUCCUUAUGACCUAAUGGGGGCUGCUCUGAUCCCUGCGUCUCCAGAGGCCUGGGCACCCUACCCUCUGUACACUACAGAGCUGACCCCAGCUAUCUCACAUGCUGCAUUCACCUACCCGACUGCCACUACUGCUGCAGCCCUACAUGCUCAGGUGCGCUGGUACCCUUCCUCUGAUGCCACUCAGCCAGGAUGGAAGUAUCGCCAAUUUUGUUAGUUCUUCAGUAAGUGCUGCCUCCAAAGUACAGGACAACAGUCUCAUAGAAUCCUGGCUUCCCACAAAGUGGGGCUCCUCUAUGAGCCCUCCGAGCUUGCUCCCAUUCCCCCUGGGCCCGAAAGAGUGCUUGAGCUAGCUAUGGAAUUCCUGGGCAUGCUCCUGGCCAGCUCUGGACCCAGGCUUAUUCUCAUGACACUGGCUGCUGUCUCUUCCCACCCCUGUACCCCUGUCUUCCAUCUACACAAGCACCUCAGGGUCCCUGAGAACACAGAGGAGGACUGGUUCAGCUUCCCGCCUGCCCACGGCCACCUCUCUCGCCCUUCAGGUUUUGCCAGUGCGGCUUAAAGCCCUGGCCAUUGUGGGGACUCCUUGGAAGUCAGUCUGGGGAUCUGUAUGAUGGCACGCAGCUUCUCCAGUGCCCCUGGGCAGCCUGUGGGGAGUUGCUGCUUCCCCCAAGACUGAAUUUUAUUCCUGACUCAGUGGAGUGCUUCCCAUUUCCUGUCUCCCUCUAUGCUGUCCUUCCCCCAGUGCUCUUCUACAAGGCCUCCCAGGAAGAUCCGUGGACCGCCUCGUUGCAACACCCAGAUCAUCCCCUUUGGACCAAGCAAGGCCAAACCUCCUUUCAAAACUUGCUUUGGUAGCUCCACUUCGAGGAAAGGAUGGCAUUUAAUUUUGCAUGUUUUCUAGCAUGAGUUAAAGACACGGGUAUACAUGAGUGUACAGUUCUCACAUGGGUGUCGCUAUAGCAACAGGUCCUGGUCCUCUUCCCACACCCUGCAUCUCUCACCCCUACACCUGCCUGCCCCAUUGAGGACUCGCUCGGCAUCUAGUUCUUCCUCCAGAACCCCACCCCACACACUUCCAGGUUGAACCAGCUACAACCAAAACCCAACCAGGAUAUAGCAUUUCCCCUGUCAAAUCGGGGUCAUCCUCCGACAGCCCACCACUGCGAGAAGCCUCCCUGGCUGUGUUGCUUUACCUCACUGCAGUGCGCCCUCCUUGGCACCAGUCUUUAUUCUUCCCAGAGUACCAGACAACCAAAAAGUGAAAGUGUUUUUGUACCCCAUGUAACAAAAUAUUUAUGCAUCAUAAAGGAUUUUUCAUGUGUGUGUGCAAUUUUUAAACAAAUGUUGUUCACCCUGUCAGAUGAGUUUAAUGUUUAGUUUGAGGUAUAAAGAAGGAGAAAAAGGUUUUCUGUGUUCUUCAGCAAUAAGCCUCGUGUGUGUGUGUGUGUGUGUGUGUGUGUGUGUGUGUGUGGUGUUACUUUAAGAAAUGGGAUGAAGGAAUAAUUGUGCAAUUUUACUUUGUUCUGUGAGCAGACCCUUUGCUGCAGCUGGGACUGCCUUGAUGUUUUCAGACUCAGAGACUAGGUGGUUAUUGUUCAUUGCUGGUCCUGUGAGAAUGUGAAACGAGAAUAUAUGAAAUGCAAAAUAAAAACAAAUCAUCCAAAGUGA